AUGGCUUCCACUUCUAUCCCGGAAAACUACUAUGCUGUUCCUGUUGGAGAGACGCAAAUGGUUAUCUUGAAGAGAUAUGAAAAUCUUCGGCUGAUUGGUUCAGGAGCUCAGGGCAUUGUUUGCGCUGCAACAGACACAGUAACCAACAAGCCGGUUGCCAUAAAGAAAUUGUCGAGACCAUUCCAAAAUGUUACGCAUGCCAAGCGGGCAUAUAGAGAAUUUAUUCUUAUGAAUCUAGUCAAUCAUAAAAAUGCAAGUUUUUACUUCCUCGAUUACAUAAUUGGAUUAUUGAACGCCUUUUCCCCGCAGAGAGAAGUGAGCGAAUUUAAUGAUCUUUAUAUCGUUAUGGAACUAAUGGAUGCGAAUCUUUGUCAGGUCAUACAAAUGGAUCUGGAUCAUGAGCGAUUAUCUUAUUUAUUGUAUCAAAUGUUGUGUGGAAUAAAGCACUUACAUAGUGCAGGUAUCAUUCAUAGGGACUUGAAGCCGUCUAACAUUGUGGUAAAAAGUGAUUGCACACUGAAGAUUUUGGAUUUUGGACUAGCCCGAACAGCUGUUGAGGCAUUUAUGAUGACACCAUACGUAGUCACUCGAUAUUACCGUGCUCCUGAAGUGAUUCUAGGAAUGGGAUAUGGAGAAAACGGUAGGCUCUUCCGAGUUUGA